UCCUGGGUACAGUGGCCCGUCCAGUUUCUCUCCGUUGGCUUGAGAAUGGGAACCUCUCCCUUCUUGCCGACUUUGGGGAAAUGUCUGAAAAACUGAGAAGAUGCAGAAAGGAGCUGACUGCGGCCAUUGACCGGGCCUUUGAAGGCGUCAGUCAUUCCCAGGAGUGCUCGGGCCGGCGGAGGCUGGAGCUGGACGCCGCGCCGCUCCCCUUCCCCGUCCCUGUGCACCGGCUGCUCGGCAGGAGGCACCCGCGGGCAGCCUCCUCCUCCGCGGCUCCUUUCAUUCCAGUCGCGUGUGCUCCGGAGAACGAGAGCCCUGCCUUUGCUCCAAACCAUGCCCCAGGGAAUGCACAGCCGCUAGGCUUAUGCCCGAAAAGAAAACCUCUGACCAGUAAGGAAAACCUACUGAUGCAUUCCUCCGUUUUGGCACCCGAAAGACCGUUUUGGAGAGCCGCGGGAGAUGGGGAGAACUGGAGAAAAGACAGCCUAAGGAAAGAUAUGGAGAAAGAUUUGAAGAUUGACUCAAACAUGCCACUCAGCAAUUCUAGCCAAGAGAUCACAAAGGAUCUGCUUGAUAUGAUCGACCAUACGAGCAUCCGAACUAUUGAAGAGUUGGCUGGGAAACUAGAAUUUGAAAACGAGCUGAACCGUGUGUGUGGUCGCUGCGGAGAUCCGCCCUUCAGGGAGGAAGCCUGGGCCUUGCUCAUGGACGAGAGCCCUCAGAAGGCCCCGCAUGGCGACUCCGGCAGCCUCAGGCAGACUUUCGAUGAUCACAAUAUCGUCGAGACUGUGCUGGACUUGGAAGAGGACUACAAUCUGAUGACCUCUUUUAAAUACCAGAUCGAGUAAGGGCCGUCGGCCGGAGCUUUGGUUCUUCCCAGAAGGAGGCUGCGGUUGAGGCUGUGGUCAGUGCCGCCGGGGGCCACUGCCCCGGGGCUGGCAGGAUCGGAGUGACCACACCCUCUUGAACUUCUACUUGUGUCCCUUUUUAAGCUGAAAGCCCAAUUUUUUUUUAUUCUAUUGCUUUGAAUUGUU